AUGGCUUCGUCGUCGUCAAUCGAUCCGGCAUCCUGGACUUGGCCCGAGGACCUGCCCGGUGCCUGGGCGAAUGACCACGUCAAAGAGGAGAAGAAGCCACAACCAUCCCAGAGCGACCCCCUUCCCAAGGAGGAACAGCAGUAUGAGAACGAAGAGGAACAUCACACGCCGCCUCAACCACCUCCCUCAUCCUCAGCAGGUUCCAACGCUCAGCAACACCGCGAACGUCAUUACAACCCACGCACAUGUCGCAUCUGCUUGGAGUCUGUCUUGCCCACAUACCACCCGCCGUCAUAUUCAUUGCCAGCCUUUAUGCGCUCCGCUCCAAACGUCACGUAUGAGAGCGAAGAUGGUGGUCGUCUGCUUCGCCCGUGUCUGUGCAAGGGCAGCCAGAAAUACGUCCACGAGCAGUGUUUGCAAGCCUGGCGCCUUCAGAAUCCUUCUGCAAAACGUAACUACUGGCAAUGCCCAACAUGUAGGUACAAGUAUCGCUUAGAACGAAUGAAUUGGGCACAUUGGAUCAGUAGUACUGGUAAGCUGAUCCGAAAUCUCUGGUCCUGCCCCAACCUACUGACAUCGAGAANNGCCGCCCAAAUCUUGCUUACUUUGGCCAUUUUCAUGGUCUCCUCAUUUGCUUUAGGUUACGUGGCUGAUCCCAUCAUCAACCUCUAUCUCGACCCUUAUGACACAAUCGCUCAUGGCUCACAGCCAUUGUUACCUGCAGAUGAGCCUGUCACUUGGACUGAGCACUUCAUCAAGGGCUUCGCAUCUUUGGGCUUGGUUGGGUUCGCCAAAUUUCUGCUUACUUUGAGUCCGUGGCAAAUGUACAACAUGCGCACAUCAGUUGGGGGUCGCACCACUGGUCGAGAUAGGAUGGCUCAGAUCAGCUGGAUCGCUGUAGCAGUCGGUAUAUUGACCUUUACCUGGGCUGUCUGGAAAGGUGUCCGAGCCUGGAGUCGACGUGCCCUCGCCGCUGCAUCAGAACGUGUCAUGGACGUCCCUGGCGCAAAUGACGACGAGGACGACGAGUGA